GUAUGAAGAAGCGCGCGCCAUCGUAACAAAAUAUCGUUGCUCUCGCGCCGCCGGAAGCGCUGACGCCGCGGCGCCGGCGACCAAUCCGCGAGCGCGCCGUACUCACGCACACCAGAAAUAUCACUGACGUGUCCUCGGGAAUAAAGCGCGACGGAGCUACUAGGCCCGCCAGUGGUUCCCACAAAGCCGAGGCUCACGGACACACAGACGAGCAUCAGUACCUGUGCCCACAUCGCGCGAUACGCAUCGUAUAUAUAUAUAUAUAUAUAUACACAUAUAGGCUGAAAUCGUAUAGUCAUCGUUCUGUUCGAGAAGCAUAUCAGUGCAGCGUAGUAGUGUGCUAAAUCUUGGAUCUGUGUGCCGUGUCAAGUUUUCCUCCAGUAUCUCUGUGCCGAAGUUCAGCACAGCAUCACGGGACUGUUAUCCGCAGGGAGAAAGUCGCAGACAUGGCUCCGACGCUCGACUCCUUUGUCAAUUCCUUCAGCAACAGAUUAGAGGCUCCUGUCCGACAACACUUGAAGAAUGUGUACGGCUGCCUGUCCCUCUCCACCGUCUCUGCAGCGGCUGGAGCUUACGUGCACAUGUACACAUACCUCCUGCAAGCCGGACUCCUGUCGACGAUCGGAGCACUUGGACUGAUCUUUGCCCUCAUCUGCACACCCGACAAUGGCAAGAACCGAUCACUCCGCCUGGGAUACCUCCUGGGAUUCGCAUUUCUCACUGGACUCGGAAUGGGCCCCCUUCUAGAAUUAGUUGUCAGCAUUGAUCCCAGCAUCAUUCUCACUGCUCUUGUUGGUACAACUGUAGUCUUCGUGUCGUUCAGUAUUUCAUCUAUGCUUUCCGAGCGAGGCCAAUGGCUGUACCUUGGUGGCAGUCUGAUCAGUGCUCUCAACAUGAUGGUGCUGUUUUCGUUGGCCAACAUCUUCUUCAGAUCAACGCUGCUUUACCAGAUCCACCUCUACGUUGGUCUCUUUGUGAUGUGCGGAUUCGUCAUCUAUGACACUCAACUCAUCAUUGAGAAGAAUCGAAUGGGUAGCAAAGACUACAUUGCCCACUCACUUGACUUGUUCCUUGACUUCAUCAACGUAUUCCGAUACCUGCUGGUUAUCCUCACACAGAAGGAGCAGAGGAACAACAAGAAGCGCAAUCAGUGAGUUUGACAGAGGCAUUUCAAGUAAAUCCAGAAACUAGAGGUCUUCGUCUAUCCUAUCCGUACAUAGAUCUAUACAUACGCGCAUAUACAUUAUAUAUAUACAGACAUACUUAUAUACGAAUAUAUAUUUACAGAUAUAUCUAUUCUAGUUUCUCAUAAGUGAAAAAAGUGAAAAACAUAAAAACGAGACUUACAACAUUUUCCUACCAUAAGAAAAAUACUGGCAUCAGACAAUUGAAAAUCAAUUGUUUGCAUUUGCAGAGAGACUUUUUUGUCUCCAUUUCUAGUCUGAAAAUUUACAGCGCUCGAAAAAAGGAAAAAUUAAACCGUGUAUUUUCAUUUGGCACUUGUAAAAUGUAAAAUUUUUGUUAUUCCUAUCUUGGUGAAAUUGUCGACGAAAAAUUAUUGUAACGUUGUAUCUCGUACGGGAUUUUCAACUACGUUUUGUAGCACGCUGGAAAGUCAGUUUUCUUCGGGAUUUCUUCGGGAUUAUCUUUUGAUUUGGAGUAAUAAUUAAGGCACAACUUUCUUCGAGUUCCUUCACUAUUUAAAUAGUAAAUCAUAGUUGUUGAAGCUAGCACUAGACUAAUUGUUUCAUAUUUUGCUACGGAGGGGUGAUCGUCUCACGUUUUCCCAUUUCUUCCUUUUUGCUUCUGAGAAAACUGAUUUUCCCAGAUUUUUUGACUAUCAUCACGUUUUAUCGGUGUUCAUUCCUUGCGAUUCGGCACCGCAUUUUUCUAGUAAGUUUAUUGUUCGCGAAUAACUGUUGUACUAUAUUUUGUCUUUCAAUAAAAGAAAUUUACCAGUUUGUA